AUGGCUUUGGACCGUGUUGAUCAUAUUCAUCUUAUGUCAACUUUUGACUGUAUAGGGAUCAGCGAACCUCUACUUUCCUGGCUUAAAUCAUACAUUAUACAAAAGACCCAAUUGGUAAAUGUUGCUUCCACCUCUUCAGGCUAUUUAACUACUUCCUCAAAUGUAUCACAAGGUGCAGUUAUAUCCCCACUUUUGUUUGCCUUAUAUGUCAACUCAGCACCUUCCGUUCUCCAGCAUGCCAAGCUCCUUAUCUUUGCUAAUGAUAUGAAAAUAUUCUACCUUAUCAAAUCCAUGUGUGGCUGUCAUCUUCUCCAAUACGAUCUCUAG